CUCACCUGGCAGGUUGAAACUUCACGCCUGGAGAAACGUUUAUGACCAAAAGCCGGACUGGAAAUCCAACCAAGACGUCGCCAUGGAGUCUCCAGUGAAGGAUUCCCCCGUCAGACGGGGUUUUCACAGACUGGAGAUCCAGAAAACGACGUGGGACAUCCCGGAGAGGUACACGGCGCUGCGGGCGGUGGGCUGCGGAGCGUACGGGACAGUUUGUUCCUCCAUUGACCAGAAGACCAACGAGAAGGUGGCCAUCAAGAAGCUGCAUCGUCCUUUCCAGUCCCUCAUCCACGCCAAACGGGCCUACAGGGAGCUCCGGCUGCUCCGACACAUACAGCAUGAAAAUGUGAUCUGCCUCCUUGACGUCUUCACUCCGGACUCCACGCUGGAAAAAUUCCAAACCUUUUAUAUUGUAAUGCCGUUUGUAGCCCAGGAUCUGGGCCACAUUAUGAAGAGGCGAAGAUUAACUGAUCGUAUCAUCACAUACCUAUUCUACCAGCUUUUAAGAGGACUCAAGUAUAUUCAUUCUGCAGGGAUCAUUCAUCGGGAUCUGAAGCCUGGUAACCUUGCUGUGAAUGAGAACUGUGAAUUAAAGAUCCUGGAUUUUGGCCUGGCAAGACAGACAGAGAGUGAAAUGACGGGGUAUGUUGUGACGCGCUGGUACAGAGCACCAGAGGUCAUAUUCAACUGGAUGCACUACAGUCAGACAGUGGAUGUCUGGUCGGCCGCCUGCAUCCUGGCCGAGAUGAUUACAGGCCAGGUGCUUUUCCCAGGGCACGACAGUAUUGAUCAGCUGAAGAAGAUCCUCCGUCUGACAGGAACCCCAGACUCCUCCCUGGUUCAGAGGAUGCAGAGUAAAGACGCGCAGUCAUAUGUUCAAGGACUUCCUCCACAAAAGAAGAGAAACUUCAAGGAAGUGUUUGUGUCCAUGGAUGAAAAUGCUGUAGACCUACUGGAGGGCAUGUUAGUGCUGGACCCAGAGACGAGGCUGACGGCUAAGCAGGGACUGUCGCACCCUUUCCUGGCUGAAUAUUAUGACCCAGAGAGCGAGCCAGACUCUGACCCGUAUGACGACUCAUUCGAGAGCCUGGAGCUCGCCAUUGGGGAGUGGAAGAGCCUCAUCCACAUGGAGAUCAUGACCUUUGACCCUGACAACCCCAGUAAGACAGCCAUGUAGGACGCUGUGAUGGGCUGGCGCCUCCUGGUGUUUGGUUGUAAUAUGUACACGUAAUGCAAAGGUAACGACACUGUCAAGCUCAGAGAAACAAAUAAAAAAACAGAAAAUAUAUCUUAAUAUAUCUUAACUAAAGGUCCAUUUGCUACCUUUUUUCUGAGCCUUUCGACCGCGUCUCGUGGUUUUCAUCAACACAACGUCUCACCGGUGAGAAAUGUGAGAUGAUCGAUCCAUCCAGUGAUGAAGAUCAUGAGACGAGGUUGAAGACAAUGAGAAAAGUAAUAAGUGGACCUUGAGUUAGCAUUAUUUCAUGAAAUCUCCAAGGUCAAGGAUGAAGUUGCCUCUUCUUCAAAGUAAUUUAUUUAUUGACUACUGCAAAGUAGAUGAUAAAAAAAAUUAUGUGAAAAUAUCAGUUGGGAAAUAGAACAUUAAUUACUGUAAAAGUGGCUGAGCUAGACUUGUAUAAUAUAUACAAGUACAUAGUAGAAAGAUCACCCUGCGUUAUAAUAAAAUGUCCUUAAUUACAUGUGAUCUUGCUUCACAAGGACAGUUAUUGUAUAUGUCUCCUUUCAUGUAUAUUCAUAACAUGUAAGCAGUACAAUUUUACUUUAGGACUUAUUUUGAAAGAUGUAUGAAUUUAUUUUUGAUUAUUUUUACUGUUGGAACCCAGUCAGCUGUUUUCAAAUAAAACAUUGUAAAA